GUGACGUCGGUGUUGGCAGUGCGACGGAGGCGCGAACGAUAUGGAGGAUCGGUGGCGAUUCUCGUAGCCGUAGCGAGGACGUCGUGGCAGGAUCGUCGAGAUGGGCAACAAUGGAAGCAGUUCGCGGGAUCAGCAUCAGGCGUCGUCCGUGUGCUCGAACGGGCCGACGACGACGACGACGACGACGACGACGACGACGGCGGCGAUGGCGGAGGGAACGAAUCGCGGCUGGUCCCAAUCGUUCCCUCGAGAGCUGACCAGGCAUCGGUCGCAACCGACCGCUGCUCGCAAGGUUCUUCCCGAGCCACCGAAUCAGAGGCUACGCGCCACCGACAACGGAAGCAUCAUACACAACGGCGGAACGAUCAGCGGUCGUAGAGCACCGACGUUCGCCUCGUCCCGUGACCUCGCCAAGCGCAACGAGCCGCCGACGUUUCGAGACAGGAGCUGUUCCGCCUCCAACCUCGUUCAUCCCCGUUCGAGAAAGAUCGACAGACACUGCUGUCGCUAUCGCGCCGACUCCACGCCUCAGUCGGACGGGAUUCCUAAUUGCGGCAACGAUCUGAAAAGAUUCGGUAGCGAGCCCGAUCUUCGUUACUCCCCCGACCUCGUUUGUUCCUCCGUCCCGGACCACCGAGCUACAACGGGCAACUCGAGCAACAGGCAGGAGACGCGUACCCCAGCUUCCGGUUGUCUCCGUUACGGCAAACAGUCGAAGGAACGGCUGGAGAACGGAUACAAGGCUAGGAAAAAGUACAAAGCCCCGGCUCCGCCACCGGCAUCCGCUGCUUCGAAUCUCGUCGACGAAACGUUGCCCAGCGGCGUCGGCGAUGAUCGUUCCACGCGAGAAUUCGACACUCGUCUCUAUCCGCAUUCUCAAUUCGACCACCAGCAGCACCAUCAUCGUUAUCGAGUUUUGCCGCCUCCGCGGAGAUCUCGGCUGUUCAAGACUCGCGCCGAGUCGAAAAAGGCUCAGAUCAGUUGGCAAUUGUCGUCGCCUCUGCCGGACCAUGAUCGCGAACAGCCACGGCUCGAGCAACGCGAAUCCACCACUCGUUGGACCGACGUUGUUCCUUCUCCUCGGAAAACGGAACAACGCGUCGACCACGCGAUUGCCAGCCAACCGGCCGUCGACAGACACGAUCGGGAUCACGAUCGGGACCGCGAUCGGGACCGCGAUCGGGACCGCGAUCGAGUUCGAUGUUCCAACGUCGAUCAACUUCGGCGUCGUUCGAAGCUACCCGAUCACGGAAAGAACACGCUCCAAAGAAGCAUGAGCAGUCCGGAGUUUCAAGCGGAGUUGAUCCGAGUGGCCAAGAGCGUUCGCGACAAGUUGGACGCGAGCGGAAAAACGGUCGACGAAGCGACGCACGAUCGCCGAUGCGACAGAUUCGACGCGGAAACCAACGGGUUUGCGCGACGUCCGAGUCGUCGACGGAAUCAGAUCGUGAACGAUUGCGAGAGGAGUGGCGGUCGUCGGGGUGAUCGAUCCGUGGAACGAGCGGGUAAUUCCUAUCCAGCCGACGCUGGCGGAAGUCGCGAGGACGCCGUUGAUCGCGAUGGGAUCGGUAAACCGGAUCGUUCGGCGAAAGACGGGGUUCGCGCUGCCCGACCCCUCGACGGCGUCGAGUCGAACGAGCGUCGGCGACUCGGAAACGCGGACAACUCGAAUCCUGGAGGAUGGAACGAGCGUCGAUCCAAGGUCUCUACCGUGAAGCAGCCGCUCGAUCGCAAGUGGACCGAUACCGCGGUAACGGAGAAAUCCGACGCGGAAUCCCGAGGCAACGAAUACGUCGAAGAGACGAGCAACUCGGUCCCGAACGAGCUAUCCGUCGGAGAACACGACCAGCCGCGAUUUGCCGCGACCACGCAGCAACAAUCCGCUCCGAAGACGUUUUAUUUCGGCAUGAACGAGUGCUUGACCGUGACCAAGUCUCGCAACGAGGAGGACCAGGAUACGGGGAAGGAGCUCGACGUCGAUUCCAAGUUUCGUGACCGUGGCGACGGUAGACUUUCCGUCGUUCACGCCACCGCCACCGACACGGACGAUAACGAAAGAAGCGUCGUGGAGAAUAUCUCGUUGAAACUGCGACCGACCCUGCCGAAGAAGCAACUGGAGAUACCGCGGUUCUCGCCGUCGGCUGCCUGGAGAUUGCUCUCGGCGUUGGAAACGCCGGGCCCUAGUAUGAGCACUGCCAGCGAGGAGAUGCCGGUGAUGUUCGAGGAACGAAUAGAACGUUUGUCGAGACCACCGCCACCUUUCCCGCUCUCGUUGGGACCUCGAAGCUGGCACGACAAGUCCGGAGAUUCCGGCAUAUCGGGGGAUGCGGGUGCCGCGAACGAAGAUUCCCUCGACGUAAGUACGAUCAACCGAAUGAAAACGACCGUGACGAGGCCUACUUGGACACCGCAGCAAGAUCUCGGAGAGGAAUCGAGCAGCGACGCGGGAGUUGACUCGCCGCCACCUCUACCCACCCCGUUGAAGUAUCAUUCUCCCCGAGGUCACGUCUUCUCCCUUUCGUUGCCGAGAGACGAAGCCAGAACGUUGUGUCUCUGUGCUCCGGAACCCAAGGCCAGGGAAGCGUCCGCGUUUAAUUCGCUCCAGAAGCUCAAGCGAUCGGUAUCGGGAGCCUUCGGUAUCGGCACGCACGAUCAUCAGAAAAAGUCCACCCGCGACGUUCUCGACGACAACUGGUUGUUAUCCACCAGCGCGCCGACUUCGUUGCAGCACAAUCGCGUUCGUAUCGAAACGUCGCGUGUCUCGCCCUCCGUUUGGCGACCGUUCCCUUCUCGAGACGAUCGUCGUCGCGUCGGUCGUCGCGUACGACGUCAGCUCGCUAGCGACGACGGUGACGAGCGUGACGACGAGGACGAUGACGACGACGACGACGACGACGACGAUGAGGUGGACAACGACCCCGAUGUCGAUAAUGCCGUGGAUGUCGAUGUGCCGGAGCACGAGGACGAGGAGCAAGUGUCACGCGCCAACGACGCGAUCGAACGCGGCGAAAAAGUCAAAGGGAACGAUUUUCCGGUCAUCAUGAAACCACCGUCUUUCUCCUACCUUACACCGGGCGGUCACGUUAUGUAUCUACCAGAAGCGAACGAAGAUACGGAAGAUCGAGUGCAAAAUUUCGACCGCUCCAUCGAUUACCCGAGAACAUCGAUGCCGAUUCGUGGAAGCAAUGGUGUAAAACGAAUCGGUUCUUUUCGAUUAAACGCUUACAAGAAUGUCGACGAUGACGACGACGACGACGACGACGACGACGGCGACGGCGACGGCGACGACGAUGACGACGAUGAAAACGUGGACCAAGACGAGAACGCUGUAGCGAUUCGUCGCACUGCGGAGAAAGAAGGAGAGGAAAAGGAGCACGAGGACGUGCACCAGGAAGAAGACAAGGGCAAAGGCGGUAACGCAGUGUCGAGGCGACGAUGUAAAAAUUUGAAGAAUCGCAUCGGUGCUAACGAUUCCAAAGAAUCCAAGGAAUUCUCCGGUUGCCCGGAAUCGCGCGAAAACGCGAGUGAACCGAAGCAAAGAAGAACGUUCUCGCCUGCCUUCAACGAGGAACGAACGACCACGACUCCGUGGACUGGAUCGGAGCAACCGUCCUGCCCGGAUGCCAAAGGGACGAAACCGCAACGGAAGAACAAUUCGAGGAGCCGUAGGUUCACCUUUCAGUCGACGGUCAGGCAAAUAGAGAGACGGCGACUAGCCGAGAAACUAUCGAGGGAGGUCGAAGCGAAGGAGCGUCAAAGGCGAGGUGAACUCGAGGCGAUGCGUAAAGUGGAGGAAGAGUUUCAGCGAAAACGCGCGAAAGAGAAGGCGAAUAUCAGGCAACAGUUGCGCCUGUUCAAGGAAAUGGAGGAGAGUUUCAAUAGCCUGCCAACCCCCGACUGGGAUGGUUCACAGUUGUCCCGGGCUGAUCCGGACGGUGCGCCCUCAUCCACCGCAUCCUCUCCGACUUCGUUACCAGCUGCAAACUCCUCCACCGUCGCACCUGGUAAACGUGCCACUACCGGCGACACCGAUUCCACCAAACAGUCUCGCGUCGAACGAAAAGGCUACCGACCCAAGUACUACGACUGGCCACCGGAUACUUCCAAUCAUUUAGAUUACAGACAAACCACCGUUCAUCCGAAGAUCGUUUGCGAUAUUCCCAAAAGUUCACCCGUUUUCGUCGAUGCGAACAUCGUUCAUCCUACCGGAAAACCGACAACGUCCAACUCCACUCCAAAGUCGGACAACUACAGGAAAGAUUUCGCCCACGGCACGGUGGUGGUAACCAGAACCUCGUUCGCGAGCAGCGACAGCGAACUCUCGCAACCGAACACGAGGCCACAUUCCAGGCAAAACGGAAUCAAGAGCAAACCUCAACGACUUAGCGAGACAAAUGGAACGAAGACAAACAGCGAACAAACGUUGAGCAGGUCCAGUAGUCCAGCGCGAAGCGAGGAAGCAGCAACGUCGGAAGAAGAUUUGCCGCUGCCGGUGGAACCAACGAAACAUCCGAGGAAUCCGAUCCACGAUUUUAUACUAAGCGGAGUACAACCGUUCACGAAACGGAAAACGUAUAGGCCGAUUUCUUUUAAUCCUCGUCCACCUCCGCCCAUUCCAACGAUGAUUUGGUGCAACAAUCGUCUCGGUGCCGCUUACUAUAAUAUCGUUACGUCCGAAUUAUUCGUCCUAGAAGACACGGUGGACGACGUUGAACGUUUCGACGUGGCCAGAGCUCUGUACAAACAAUGCUUACCGCGUUACGUGCUUAUAAGCGCUGCGGCACCAGCUUCUUUUUCCAACGCCGUAAAGAGGAUAUUGACAGAGGCAACGAAUGGAGGAACAAAUUCGUUCGAUUCGCGCGAAAGCGUGUAUAACGCAGAGUUGAAAAUAAUUUGCAAAAAGGAGCUCAACUACGAACGAUGCUCUCAUCGAGUGAGAUGUCUUCGACUCGACUACGAGCCAAAGAACAUCACCAACGUGAACAGGUUGACAUUUUUGAAUAGUAUACUGAAUUUCAAAUGCUGCGCGAUGAUUCACGCGUUGGGUUCUCUGCUGUUGUUCAUCGAUAAAAAUUGGAACAACAUCGCAUUGGAUCCGUCCGGGAAACCAUCUUUCGUAUCGCUAAAUUACCUUAACCUCCAAGAUUUGGUCAUGGUGGACGAGGAUACUUACAAAGCGUUAAACAUCGUUUCGUCCAAGGAUCAUCCGAGCCUUUUCAAAUUUGGCAAAACGAUCACGACGACAAGGGGAGUGAGCCUAUUCUCGCUAAUGAAUCGUUACUGCCAUUCUAGACCAGGAGUUCAGUUUCUAUGGAAAACGUUGCAUCAUCCAACGCGAAACCUCGCUGUGCUCGAGCAACGAUUAAACACGAUCGAAUUUUUUCUCGAUACGAACAAUCAAAGUGUCGAGGAAAAUCUAUCGACCUGCUUGAGGCAGGUGUACCGUUUGACCAACACCGUACUCGCCUGUUGUUCCGGACCGCAAGCAAAACCGUCGCAUUGGCACAAACUGCACAAGACCAUUUCGCACGUAAUUUGCAUCGCUGACAUAUGCGGAGAAUACGCGGAAAAGAUGCUACUGUUCAAACAAAUCGCCGAAAGCGUCACGACCGAGAUUCAAUACAUCAAGUAUUUCAUCGAGUACAUAGUAGAUUUUAACGAGAGCAGACGCGAAAGGAAGCUCGUGAUUAAACCAAACGUCGACCCUUUGUUGGACGAACUGAAUCACGUGCGACGCACUUUGCCGGAAUUGUUGACGCGAAUGGGUGAGAAAGACAUGCGAGAACAUCUUCCGCCUUCCGUUACGGGUUGUAACAUGCUGUAUUUGCCAAAUAUCGGCUACGUAUUAGCGAUAAACAAAUGGAACCCGACUCCACCCGAGGACGAGACCUUUCCAGGUUUGGAAUUCAAAUUCAGCAUCAACCAAGUGCAUUAUUACAAAAGCUCUUCGGCGAGAGAGCUAGACGAAACCGUGGGUGACAUUAUAUUGAAAAUAGCCGUUCGACAAAAUCAUAUCGUGCAAAAAUUAAUACGAUACAUAAAGAAGCAUACCGGAACGAUUUUACGUACGAUUCAACUCUGCGCCGAACUAGACACUCUUCUGGCGUUCUCCAAAGUGGCGCGUGAUUACAAUUACACCAGGCCAUACGUAACCGAGUCAAAGAUCAUAGACGUGAUCGAAGGACGGCACCCGUUGAUGGAAUGCGCGACCACGUUUGUGCCGAACGAUAUACGUUCCGGGAACGGCCAGAGCUUGAUCAAAGUUGUAACAGGACCGAAUUCUUGCGGCAAAAGCGUCUACCUGAAACAGAUCGGACUCAUAGUGUUUAUGGUUCACGUAGGUUGUUACGUUCCUGCAAAAUUCGCCACGGUAGGUACAGUUUCCCGGAUAUUGACUCAAAUGUCGAACACGGAAAGUAUCGGACUGAACGCGAGCUCGUUUCUGCAAAAUUUGCGUCAGAUAAACGUAGCCCUACGCGCAUCCAUGCCGGAUUCGCUCGUGAUAUCGGACGAAUUGGACAGAGGAACGUCCGAAGUUAGCGGAUUGUCGCUAAUCGCAGCCGUGCUGAACACAUUCGCCGAAAGGGGUUCGGAUUGUCCUCACGUAUUUGUCGCGACUCACGCGUACAGCGUAUUAACGCUGCUCCCUCCCGAAACUCCCCUCAUCGAGACACAAACAUUCGAAUACACGAUCGACGAAGACGAAUCGUUGGCCUUUCUCUACCGUCUAAUCAACGGCAGUACUACGCGCAGUUUAGCACAUUACGUAGCGAGAAUGGCGGAAUUGGAGGAAAACGUGGUGAAACGCGGUUUAGAGACGUUCGAGAAGAUGAAACAACACGAUUUACCACCGAGUAUCUAUCCUCGACUAGACAGAUUUAAAGCGAUCGCAGAUCUGCUCGAAACGACGAGCAGCAAUCAACUCGAUUCGAACGAAUUGAAGAAGUUGGUCCGACAAUCCGUGUUUCCGUUAUAAGCCGUGUUCGAUUAAACGCAAACGAUACGGUAAACGAUCCUCUGUUACGAUAAAGGUGAAUCGAUAAA